AUGUCUUCCACAACCACCACCACCAAAAAAGCAAUCGCCAUAAUCGCCGGCGUCGGCCCCGGCACAGGAGCAGCCGUAUCCCGACGUUUCGCCCAAUCCUACCCCGUCGUGCUUCUAGCCCGAAAUCCCACAAACUACCAACCAUAUGUCGAAGAAAUCAACUCUGCAGGCGGAAAAGCCAUGGGCAUAGCAACAGAUUUAUCUUCUGCAGAAAGUGUUUCAAAGGCAUUUCGGGAGAUAGAGGCAGAGUUUGGUGGUGGUGAGGGGAGUCAAAAUAAGGUGACUGUGGCGGCGGCGGUGUAUAAUGCGAGUGGGAGAUUUGUGAGAAAGCCGUUUUUGGAAUUGGGGGUGGAGGAAUUUAUGGAGGGGUGGGAUGUUAGUGUUAAAGGAGCCAUCAUCUUCUCCCAACAAGUCCUCCCCCUCCUCCUCUCUCACAACCAAACCUCCCCCUCCUCAGAUCCAGCCUCCAACCUCAAGUCAGGAAAUUACCCUCCGACUCUCAUCUUCACAGGCGCCACCGCAUCCAUCAAAGCCAAUGCUCUCAUGUCAGGUUUCGCAUGUCCCAAAUUCGCCAUGCGAGCCCUUUCGACUUCUUUGGCCAAAGAAUUCGCUCCAAAGGGCGUCCAUGUCGCUCAUGCGAUUAUCGAUGGAGUCAUUGAUAUUCCGCGAACCAAGGAGUGGUUGAAGGAUCAACCGGCCGAGGCGAAAAUUGGUGCGGAAGAUAUUGCGGAGGCGUAUUGGGGUUUGCAUGUGCAGAGUAAGAGGGGCUUUACUAAUGAGAUUGAUAUCAGGCCCAUGUUGGAAAAGUGGUAG